CCGGCCUGGCUCGUGGUGGGUUCUGUCGGGCUCCAGAGUGGCACGCAGGCGAGGCGCCCAGUGCUCAGAGGAGGGGUCUAGGGGACUUCGCGCGCGCCUCCAGCAUGCCCAACUUCUCCGGCAACUGGAAGAUCAUUCGGUCGGAAAACUUUGAGGAUCUGCUCAAAGUGCUGGGCGUGAACAUGAUGUUGAGGAAGAUCGCUGUGGCCGCUGCAUCCAAGCCAGCAGUGGAGAUCAAACAGGAAGGAGAUACUUUCUACAUCAAAACCUCCACCACGGUGCGAACCACGGAGAUCAACUUCAAGGUUGGGGAGGAGUUUGAGGAGCAGACUGUGGAUGGGAGACCCUGCAAGAGCCUGGUGAAAUGGGAGAGUGAGAACAAAAUGGUCUGCGAGCAGAGGCUUCUGAAGGGAGAGGGCCCCAAGACCUCCUGGACCAGAGAACUGACCAAUGAUGGAGAGCUGAUCCUGACCAUGACGGCGGAUGAUGUGGUGUGUACCAGGGUCUAUAUCCGAGAGUGAGUGGCUGGAGCCCAGGAGCUGCCCGAGCCUGCCACUGCCUUGGCUUCCUGGCCACAGGCUGCCACCCUCUGCCCACCCCUCCUAGGUAGCUCUCUCCUUACCCCAUCACUUCUGAGGGCUGCCCGGAUGCCUCUUGCAGGGUCUUUGACCCCUUCUUCUCCCCCAUACCAACAAAGAGGUCUGGAGUGCAGGAGCCCAGGAGCCCAGGUCCCCUUCCAGCAACCCCACCCCCACCCCCGCUCCCCAAGCCAGCAGUCCCAGCCUGACACCAGCCCCGGCAGACCCUCUUUCCAUGAAGGGACCCGAGAUCUGUGUGAGAAAGACUGCCUCCCUGGCUGCCACUUUCCGUCCCUGUAGAUUUUGCAGUUUAGAAUAUUUAUUUGUUAAUUUUAUUAAAAUGUUUAAAAAGUUAAAA